UUGAGAAAAAGUGCGAGCAGUAACGUCGCCAUAUUUAGUCGGAGAAGUCGCCAUCGUCGUUUGUUUCUUCUUUUUGGCCUACACUAUCUUUAGUAAGCAAUGGCACGCAACGACAGCAGAGUAUAUGUUGGUAAUUUGCCUCCAGAUAUUAGAACCAGGGAUAUCGAAGAUCUCUUUUACAGAUUCGGAAAGAUUGUAUUUGUCGAUUUGAAGAAUCGAAAAGGACCACCAUUUGCAUUCGUUGAGUUCGAGGAUCCCAGGGAUGCGGAAGAUGCAGUUCGUCAGAGAGAUGGUUACAACUAUGAUGGCUACACAUUACGGGUAGAGUUUCCUCGUGGUAGUGGAAUGAGCCGUUUUCGAGGAGGCCGAGGUGGUCGAGGAGGUCCACCAUCCAGGAGGUCUGAAAAUAGAGUUCUUGUUUCAGGCCUACCUCCUACUGGCAGUUGGCAAGAUUUAAAGGACCACAUGAGAGAGGCUGGCGAUGUCUGCUAUGCUGAUGUCUUUAAGGAUGGUACAGGAGUGGUGGAAUUUCUAAGGCGAGAAGACAUGAAGUAUGCAGUACGAAAGCUUGACGACACGAAAUUCCGUUCACAUGAGGGUGAUGUAUCCUACAUCAGAGUGAAAGAGGACUCCAGAGGAAGGUCUCGAUCCAGAAGCCGCAGUGCGUCACAGAAACGCUCUAGGGGUAGCCCAAGAUACUCCCCAAUGCGAUCUCGUUCUCAGUCAUUUUCGCGGUCACGUUCACCAUACUAAGUCAAAUGGUCAUCUGACAUGUCAGUCACCACUACACUCCUGUUUACCCUGACCCCUUCAAAUUUUAUGCUACAUAAAGACUUUCUGCAAUGACCAGAAAUCGUUGUUCUGACAUAGAGACAAUACCUGUAACUUCAGAAUCAGCCUUUUUUGUUAAAAUACUUAGGAAUAAUGCGGAUUGUAGGUGGAUUGUAGACUAUUUUUAAUAUUACUUUGUCAAAUCUAAGCUCACAUCUGAUUUUCCAGAUGCGUUCGAGUAGGAACGUGCUGAUGGAUUUAAAGAUAAGGAUUUGAUGAGGAGGAAGGAACUCGAUGGGAGGAUAUUGUCUUCUCAGGAUUUUGGACUGAGUAAAGCGUCCAUCUGGGACCAGAGGAAGGAAUGGCUGGCUGAUCACAGUUGGCCAAAUGGUAAUUUAGUGCAUCACUUGAAUGGUUCAACGUGAACAUGUGAAAACGUCCAGAGAGAUAUGUACAGAAGUCAUUAAAAUGUCAGUUCUCCCAAAAGUGAACAUACUAAAAAAAAAUUUCAAAGGGAAAGCUUAGCUGCAGACUCAGUCCCAGUUUAUUUGAAACAGUAAGUCGACAAAUUUGACCUGAUGCAUUGCAUUGGCAAAUUGUGCAUUUUUUUAAAGCAAAAUUGAAAUGCAGCAUUGCUCAGAGGCACUUUGACAUUGUAUCAGUAGCAAGUAUUAUAUUUGUAUCUUUGAUCCCUCUGCUCCUCCUUGAAUUCAAUUGCUGUGGUAUGUAAUCAGGUAUUCAGGGAUUGGCAUAUUUUAAGUGCACGGAGAUUGUUGAAUUUCUUUUAUUCCCUUGAUUUUGGUGGGCAGAAGUAGAUGCAUCUGUUUGUUAUUGGUGCAUGUUCAGCUGAUUGUAUUGUUUGGUGAAACACUGAAGUCAUUUCUUCUCAAACCUCUUGACUAAAACAAGGUUAUGCAUGGGUCCAUAAAAUUAAAAAAUACAAGUUAUAUUUUGGCUAUUUCGAGGGUGGGUUGUGUGAACAUACCUGAAGUGCUGUACAACUUUCUUGCAUGUGUAAUAGAGCAUUUGUCACAACUUCCUGAAGAGCGUUGGGCAAGAUAGCAGAGGAACCUUUUGUGAAUUUUUGUUUCAUCUUAUGAAUUGUCAAUUUUUGAGAAUGCACAUCUAAUAUUUUUUAUUUGGUUUUCUCGUUUGUUCAGUUACAACAAAGCAAAGCUUUUGGAUAAUUGGGAGGUCUGGAAAAGCAUUGCAAUACUGUAGGAACUCGUGCGUCCUUUGUCAUGGAUUUCUCUCCUGAAAUGGAAAAUUGGAGAAUCCUGUCUUUAAAAGGGGAUAUCACUAUGCAUGGCUGGGCAAGGAAUCAUCUUCUUCAGGAGGGGAUCACUUGGACCAUUCCACCAGGGAUUAAAAUAUUUUCCUUUUAAGUAUGGAUCCAUUGCACAUUUAUGGAAAAAAAUUGGAUGAACCUUAUUUUGGCUACAUUUCCCAAAUCAAUUCACAAUUUGAAUCAUGAAGAUUAUUCCUAGUAUUUUAAUGAAGGAAAUUCCGGGACUAUGCAAAGCAGUUUCGUGGAUCUAAUGGAAUUCAUUCUUGAAACAGGAUUUCUGGAAACCUAUAAACUGGCCCCCUCCCCUCCGAAAAAAAGUUAAUGGAAUUAGACACUUUCAAGCCAGUGUGCCUUCGAUUGGAAGUGAAGGAGUGGUUGGUGAUUUUGGACCUUGGUGCGUUGAACAUUGCAGACUGGAGCAUGAACAAGCAUUUGGAUAUGGUUGGCAAGUUUUGAAAUCUAGAGGUUAGCUAAAUAGUUCAGAUUCUCAAACAUGCAUUCCCUUCCAUUCUUUUUGUAGGUUUUCUGUUCUUCAGAAGUCCAACAGUUCUUGUUCAUGCUUUUCUGUUCACUUUAUAUAUAUAUAUUUUUUUUUUUUUUACGUUUUCAAUAAUUCCCUGAAAACAUUUAUUAAAAAUAAUUCAGGAUCACUAAUUUCCUUAACAUAACUAGGGUGAAGCUCAGAUUUCAAGAAGGAUUGUAAUGGAGCCUCUCUAGCUUUUCCUUACUGUGCAAUGGAUCAUGGAAAUCAAAAACGGGAUCUUCUUUCCUACUUUGGAUUCUUGGGGUGUCAUGGAUUGGAAUACAAAAUUCUGCAAACAAGGGAGCAGAUUUUAGUCCUGGAUUGCAUGGGAUUGGAUCAGAGAGGGAAUGUCUGCUUACAUAGGAAAAGAGGAGGAAAUUCUUGCCUGGAUUUUCAUGGGACAAGAAUAGGAGACACAUGGGAAAUGUGGAUUUCUGGUAAGUGUCUUGGUAUUCUUGUUCCAUUUAGAUUGACAUUUAUUUGUCCUUCAUUUCAGGAAAUAAAAAUGAUUUUAAUUUUUA